CACUCAAAGAUCAAGUAACAACAGAUAACUUCCUACAGUUUUAUCAGUACCUAGUAGGUAGUUAUACAUAAUUAACUCAAUUCGAUUCUCCGGAAGCUUAUCAGCGCCACGAAAAUGGAUUACAACAACAUUAUACAUGAGUGUCCAACGACCCCCCGUCUGAUGACUGAUCGGGAUAGACCGUCGUGUGCUACGACCCCACCUUUGAUGACUCCUCGGGAAGAAGUCGAUAUGGAUCCCUCCACGUUAUCGUACGAAGAAUUCACAGAUGGAUCUGUAUCAGCCAGACAGUUCUCGGUUAACAUCCACAACAUAAACAACGUGACCUUUAUUUACGGAGGUCGUUCGCCUGACAAUUCGCAAAAUAACGCCCCUGACAAUUCGCAAAAUAAUGCCCCUCGCAAUUUGCCAUAUAAUGGUCCAUUCACACGUAGGUAUACGUUUGAUCAUACCAACCCGCCUUCACCUGAAGAGAAAGAUCCCACCGAUUUCAUAAGAAAUCCUAAUACUGAUGAGUGGGUAAGACGUGGUUGGGGUGGGGAACGACGUCACGACAACCACUCUCGCAACUUUGAAAGAGAUACAAUCCCGCAGAAGUACACGUUCCCUGACGUCUUUCGACAACCACGACCACAACCACCACAACCACCCCAACCACAACCACAACCACCACGACCACAACCACCACGACCAUAUCCACUACCUCCUGUCGAAGAACCUCUACAUAUACCGACGGAAGUGCCUGAUGAAAUUCCAGCCUGGGCUGCGGCUUCCCGCAACACCAUCUUUUCACGGCCCCGUCACCUCAUUCCCCCAAAGCCUAUAAAUCCGGUUAAGCAUCCGAAGCAGCCCUCAUACAGGGAACUUCCAGGGCAAUUCAGGCCUCUUCCUCGCCCGCAAGAGGAUACCGAUCACCGAACCGGCGAUGGUCCCUCAUCCCUGCCGUGUUUUUUAAACGUGCCGCCACCGUCAAGAACCCGUAAUCAGUAAGCGGGCAAGAAUCUACUAGCGACAAUAGGCUGAUGAUGCCGUCGCUACUUUAGGAAGUCCGCUCUUAUUGAUAUUGAUUUGUUGUUUCUUAUGCGCAUGUUAUCUUGUUUAUCUUGUUUGUUUUGUAUGCAGAAAUAAUUUAAUAGCUACCUUAGGUAGAUAGUCACUGAGAAAAUAUCAAAAAAAGGGGGGAAAAUAAAAAACAUUCCCUUAAAAAUCUGUCAUAUUUUCUCGCAUCCGGUGAAGUUGUAUGUUUACCUAGAGCUUGCUAUCAUACCUAUCUCCUUAAUGUCUCGG